AAAAUUCAAGAUCGGAUUGUUCCAUAUUUUAUUAGUGGCCGGCAUCAAGGUGUAUCAAACAUAUAUGUGAGCCAGAAGUAUACACAAACACCUAAAAUUAUUCAUGAGAAUAUUUCGCACUUAGCUUUAUUCUGGGGCUCGGGAUCUAGAGAUGACAUUAGCAGAGUCGUACAUCAAUAUACGGACAAUCCAAAAAAAGCAUCCAAAAUUAUCGAUAAACAUUUACGAGAACGAGAAUUUGAAGUCUUCAAUUUUACCAAACCAGUAGACAACCCUUUAGCAAUUAGACUAGGAUGGGAUGCGCCAUUAGCGUUAGAUGAAUAG